AUGGAUAAGUCGAGAAUUCUGAUGAUUCAAAUAUUUUUACUAAUUUGCUUCCUUCACUUCACAACUCCGCAUCGCUCGAAAGGUUUUCUAGACUUUUUUGGGUAUGGCACAGGAUCUGGAAGCCAGAAUUACAACAACAAUCGAAGAAAUGGCAAGAACAGGAACAACUCAAACAGACGGAAUGGAAACAACUUUAGGAACGGAUACAAUUUUGGAAAUGGCUUCAAUUUUGGUAAUGGAUACUCGAACAGGAAUAACAACAACAAUGGAUUUGGAUUCUUUGGCUUUCAAAGUCCAAAACGAAAGCUUCAAAAUGGAUAUAAUUAUUUCGGGUUUAAUCGUCCAAGGACUCCAAGUUAUAAUUAUAAUUAUUCGUUUAAUCCAUUCAGCAAUGGCAACAAUAACAAUAACUACAACAACUAUAAUUAUGGCACAAAUUACGGUUUAAAUUAUGACAUUGGAACUAAUAAUAAUUAUGAUUACACUGUUUAUCCAAGUGGUGAUUAUGGUGCUGAAACUUUCCCAAAUUAUAGUUUUCCUUGA